AUGGAGAUGAAACCCUUAACUUAUGCUCAGACAUAUGAGGAGAACAAAUUGAUUCGCCUUAUCAGCUCUUCCACAAACAACUCUUUGCUAGAGUUACUUCAAGAGGAGUUGGCAGAAUUGGACAAAAUUAAUCGACUAAGGCCUCUGGAAUUAAUAUCCUUAAUAGUUAUCAAUGCAAUACUCAUGCUAUUUGGCGCGACAGGGGCCCUAAUAACAAUUGCCGCGGUUAUUAGAAAGCCUCGAAUGCGAACCCCACGAACCUUGCUCACCGUCAAUUUGGCCGUCUCCGAUUUGACACUCUGCCUUUUUACUCAACCCUUGAAUUUGAUUCGCGCCAUCAAUGCGCACUACGAGUGGAAAUUCGGGGAAGUGAUGUGCAAAUUCACUUCCUUCGCCCAGGCAAUCAAUGUCUUUGUUGCCACAAUGAGCAUCACUGUAAUUGCAUUAGACAGAUUUAAUGUCAUCAUUCAUCCAUUCCGAUCGAAGCGAAUAUGGAAUCGACCGUACGUGGUCUUGCCAGCACUGUGGUUGCUAGCCUUGGUAAUGGCCACCCCCAUGCUAGCAUUUUCCACUGUGACAUCUACUCCAACCUUUAUUUCAUCCAUCAAAGUGCGCCUAAUAUGUGCUGAUGCAAUACCUCUAGAUCCUAGUUUCCAACGCUUCAAAUAUGCUUACGGAAUAUUUACACUGAUUUUCCAAUACCUGGUUCCUUUCAUCAUCCUUGUUGCUGUGUAUAUACGCAUUUGCACAAGAAUUCGCAGUUUGGCUUUGGUUCGCGCUAAAAAUAGCCACCAAACUGCAAAUCAACCACCUGAAGUUCGCAUUGUUAAUGUGGACUCCCAAGUGGAAGCUAUUUCCGCAUUUCCACAGACUUUGCACAGUUGCAUGGAGACAAAUCAACCCCCCAAGACUUCAGUCUCCAUUGACACAGUUUCUAUGAUUUUGCCAAAAUCGAACAACGAGAAGGCAUCGAACACUUUGUGGAAAAGUGGAAGGAGGCAGUCUCUCCGGAGACCGCAUCAAACAGAAAGGCGGAAACUUCGACUCAAACGUCAAAGACGCGCAAAUAUCCUCCUAACCUGCAUAUCAAUCGUAUUUGCCAUAUCUUGGCUACCUUUGAAUGUCCUGAAUAUAUUCAUGGAUUCCAAGGAAAAUUCACUAGAGCCUCAACCGACAUCAUCAGGUAGGCUUGAAUACAUGAACGCUCGCAAAGUCACCUUGAUGUACUCUGGCUGCCUCCUGUGUGUGCUCUUCUCCUGUUGUGUGAAUCCACUGCUUUAUGGCUACUUAAACGAGAAUUAUCGCAAGGAGUUCGCGGAGAUCUUCUCAUCUUGCUGUGGAUGCACCAACAAAUCUCGGAACAGGAAUAGCGUCACCGCGAGGAUUUAG